GUUUCUGCAGUCUCAGUGCUUCCAUCUUUUCUCCACUUUCUUGGCAUCUUAUGUAAUUUUGGUCGGGGCACCAGAAAAGGUAAGGGGCUGAAUCAGGACAUAUAUUUUACUUUCACGUUUGCACUACCAAUUUGAUUCGUACUGUCUACUGAUAUGCCAUUUUAUAGAUUAUUAUUAAAAAUCUUCAGUAGUACUAGUAAGUUGUCACAAGAGUAGCAAAGGAAAUAAUUUAUUAUGUUGAUAGCAUAUUAGCAUUUACUUUUUUGCCCCCCUUGCAUGAAUGACCGCCGUCACUUUUGGUCAGUGAGUAGCAUUGCAGGGCUAUAUAUAUAUAUAUAAUCAGACAGUUGAUGAGCGUAUCAGUCAUCUUGUAGCGGCAAUCUUACAAUGUGGGUGCAGGAGUGGAAGCUGGUGAUGGGAAUGCUGGCCUUCGACCUCAUCUCUGCUGUGAUGACGGCGCUGGUGAAGAAGGCUCUGGAGCAAGGGCUGAACCGCCUGGUCCUCGUCACGCUCCGGCAGCUGGUCGCCACCAUCUUUCUUGCCCCAAUAGCCUUUUUCAAAGAACGGAGCACGAGGCCCAAGCUCACACUGGAGGUCCUGGCGUACCUCUUCUUCAGCGCCGUGUUUGGCGCGGCGCUCUCGCAGUACACCUUCUUCUACGGCCUGCAGUACACCACCGCCACCUUCGCCAUAACCUUCAUCAACCUCUCUCCUGUGCUCACCUUCCUCAUCGCCGUCGUGAUGAGGAUGGAGCCGCUCAAGUUGAAGAGCAUGGCGGGAGCCGCAAAGAUCACCGGGACGCUCACGUCGCUGGCCGGCCUGCUGCUGCUGAGUCUCUACAAGGGUGUGCCGCUGACGGACCAGGCUGCCACUGACGCACCUAGCCCAGCUGCUCUUCACCAUGCAGCACCCUCCGACAGCAGUGGCAACCGGAGCUGGAUGCUGGGCACCAUGGCGUUGCUGUUCAACUGCCUGUGCUUCUCCUUCUGGCUGCUGCUGCAGACAAAGCUGACCAAGAAGUACCCGGCCAUCUACUCCAGCACCGCCAUCAUGUUCUUCAUCAGCACUCUGCAGGGCGGGGCGGUGACGUUGGCGAUGGAGAGACACGUGUCGCCGUGGAUGCUGACCAGCAAGCUGGAGAUCGUUACCGUCUUGUAUGCAGGGAUAGUCGGAUCUGGAGCUGGGUACCUGAUAAUGACGUGGUGUGUGGAGAAGAAGGGUCCGGUCUUCACCGCAGCCUUCAUCCCCAUGAUGCAGAUCAUGGUAGCCAUCAUCGAUUUCUUCUUCCUCCAUGAACAAAUCUACCUUGGAAGCGUGCUAGGAUCUGUACUGAUGAUACUGGGGCUCUAUCUUUUGCUGUGGGGAAAGAAGAGGGAUGAAUCAUCUGUAUCUUGUACCACUACCACUGACAAGCAAGUCGACGAACAAGCUGACGACAAGCCGUGAAACUGCAGAGAUUACAUCCUUUGAUUCGGUCAUUGCACUGCAACACAUAAUAUGUAGUUUUUCUUCCCAUUUUACUUGCCGCUGGAUGCAGCUAGCUAUAUAUGUUAUAUAUAAGGUUGUUCCUAGCUGGUACUGUUGACAUAUGUCCAAGCUACUGAAAUAAUGGGAUUUAGUAACUGAGCAGAGAGCUCAUUUACCAUACAGCUGCGCCAAUGCCCUUCGGUAGCUGCAUAUGGGAAAAUUAUAUGCGAUUACUGUUCAAAUGGUACUUCUUACUUCUCAAACACUUUGUAGUUUUGAACAUUUUCUUACGUAGUACCGAUGCCUUGUAAUUUCGUCUGCAUUUCAUGGAAAUAUUCUUGGUGAUAUUAUUUUGCUUAUGAUUUGUCGGCAAAGACAGCAAAGUAA